CCACACACACACCAAACACACACACACAAACACAUACAUAGGCCAUGGCGUUGGAGGACUCGGUGUUCCCCUCCCUCCCGGAUUCUCUUUCGCUCCCUGUGGAGGAGAAGGGGGAAGAGGACGAUGUGGAGGUGGCCGCCGACGCCACCGGAGUCUUCAACCUAUCGGAGGAGCUGGGCCAAAUCGUCACCACAGAGACGCCAUCAACACCUCCGCUUGCCAAGGUCAACAGGUCUUUCCAGGCCAAGUUGGCGGAGCGAAAUGCCCAAGCCAAUGAGCCCAGGAAGAAGGUCGUGCAGGAGAAGGAGAGGGGACGCUUCGGCUGGGCCCGGGCUCGGCGUAAGAGACAGCGCUACGUGGAGAAGAACGGUCGCUGUAACGUGUCGCACGGUAACAUGCGGGAGACUUACCGCUACCUGACCGACAUCUUCACCACGCUGGUGGACCUCAACUGGCGCUCCUCGCUCGUCGUCUUCGUCAUGGCCUACGCCGUCACGUGGCUCUUCUUCGGGGCCAUCUGGUACCUCAUAGCCUAUUUAAGGGGGGAUCUGGACCAUCUGGAGGAUGAUACGUGGACGCCGUGCGUCCACAACGUCAACAGCUUCAUCUCCGCCUUCCUCUUCUCCAUCGAGACGGAGACCACCAUCGGAUACGGCCACCGCGUCAUCACAGACAAGUGUCCAGUCGGCACCAUGCUGCUGCUGCUGCAGGCCAUCCUGGGGUCCAUGGUCAACGCCUUCAUGGUGGGCUGUAUGUUUGUGAAGAUCUCGCAGCCCAACAAGCGAGCGGAGACUCUGGUGUUCUCCAAACACGCCGUCAUCUCUCUGAGAGACGACAAGCUCUGCCUGAUGUUCAGGGUGGGCGACCUGCGCAGCUCCCACAUCGGGGCCAACAUGAGGGCCAAACUCAUCAAGUCCAAACAGACCCAGGAGGGUGAGUUCAUCCCUCUGGACCAGACGGACAUCAGCGUGGGCUUUGAGACGGGCGAUGAUCGUCUCUUCCUGGUCUCUCCGCUGGUCAUCUCCCAUGAGAUCGACUCAAAUUCCCCGUUCUGGGACAUGUCUCAGUCCCAGCUGCAGAAGGAGGACUUCGAGAUCGUGGUCAUCCUGGAGGGAAUGGUGGAGGCUACCGGCAUGACGUGCCAGGCGAGGAGCUCCUACCUAGCGGACGAGGUGAUGUGGGGUCACAGGUUCAGCCCCAUGAUGCUGCUGGCAGAGGGCUUCUUCGACAUCGACUACGGAGCCUUUCAUCACACCUUUGAGGUGACCACGCCCUCCUGUUCGGCACGAGAUAUCUCAUUGGCUGCAGCCAGACUGGACGCUCACCUGUACUGGUCCAUCUCCAGCAGGCUGGACGAGGAAGCCAACUCUGACCAAUGAGGCGUCCAGGCAGCCGGACAGCGUCUCGGCCAAUAGCAAAGCAGGAGAGCCCACCUUCAUCGUGGGGGAGAUGACGGACAUCCAGGAGCAACGGGACAGGGCGAGCUGAACGGCAGCGUCGCCACCAUCCAAUCAGAAUCAGAGGCCUAGAAUAGACAAUGUUUACAAAGACCUGAAGUAUAUCACCACCUCACCACUUUUAGUGUUUGCAAAUCUUUUCUUUCCAGGGGAAUGAGUAGUUUCAUUAGGCCUAGUUCUAUGGUAUAUGCCAUAUCUUAUGUUACCAUAUGAAGGAGUUUCUUUCUUGAUAUUCUUUUGUCUUUUAUUUCUAUGUUGAUCUUUGUUACAAGUGUACUGUAUGUGUGCUAUCUUUU